ACAUCGAUCACAAAAAAAAAUAAUUUGACAUUUGUUUUGACUCGAAGACAAUAAAUCUGAACAAACAUUCGUGUUAAAAAUAUGUUUAACUUUAUAAAUUUUAAAUAAAUAAUACCUGUUAAAAACUAAUAUAAAAUAAAAAAAAGUUGCACAACUCCUAAACUAAUAAAAUAAACUUUGCAUGGUCGUCUACCUCAGUAAUGAGUUUGCGUGAUUUAGAUUUUUCUCUCACGCGGCGUCUAUUGGUUGUGGUUAUUGUUCUAUCAAUUAUCCUUUUUAUAAAACGAAUAUUUUCUUCGGAAGCGGCUUUGAACUAUUAAUUGAAAGACUACAGCAGCUCCGAAGGCAAAAGAAUGAGUAAACGACGUGUUUCCUAUUUUUACAAUCCCGAUGUGGGUAAUUUUCACUAUGGUCCCGGUCAUCCCAUGAAGCCUCAUCGUUUGUCGGUAACCCAUAGUUUGGUCAUGAAUUAUGGUUUGCAUAGAAAAAUGAAAAUUUACAGACCUUACAAAGCUAGUGCCCAGGAUAUGUUGCGCUUUCAUAGUGAGGAAUAUAUAGAGUUUUUGCAGCAAGUGACUCCACAAAAUAUACAUUGUAAUUCGGUGGGCUAUACGAAAUAUCUUUCACACUUUAGUGUCGGCGAGGAUUGUCCUGUCUUCGAUGGACUAUUUGAGUUUUGUUCCAUGUAUACGGGCGCCUCCUUAGAGGGAGCCCAAAAACUAAAUCACAAUCACAGCGACAUUUGCAUAAACUGGUCUGGGGGUUUACAUCAUGCGAAAAAAUUUGAAGCAUCUGGUUUUUGCUACGUCAAUGAUAUUGUUAUAGGUAUUUUGGAAUUGCUAAAGUAUAAUCCUCGUGUUCUGUACAUAGACAUAGAUGUGCAUCAUGGUGAUGGUGUACAGGAAGCUUUCUAUCUUACCGAUCGUGUUAUGACAGCUUCGUUUCACAAAUAUGGCAACUAUUUCUUUCCGGGUACGGGGGAUAUGUACGAGAUAGGUGCAGAAUCGGGUCGUUAUUACAGUGUUAAUGUUCCCCUUAAAGAGGGCAUAGACGAUCAAAGUUAUUUUCAAGUGUUCAAGCCUAUAAUAUCAGCCGUCAUGGAUUUCUAUCGCCCUACCGCCAUUGUGCUACAGUGCGGUGCAGACUCCCUAGCGGGUGAUCGUCUGGGUUGUUUUUCGCUUAGCACAAGAGGUCAUGGUGCCUGUGUAGAAUUUGUCAAAGGGUUUAAUGUGCCCACAUUGGUAGUGGGUGGUGGCGGUUAUACUUUACGCAAUGUUGCCCGUUGUUGGACUCAUGAAACUUCUCUGCUGGUGGAUGAACAUAUAACUAAUGAAUUACCCAUGACGGAAUAUUUGGAAUUUUUUGCCCCCGACUUUACAUUACAUCCUGAUGUUAAUUCACGCCAGGAAAACGCCAAUUCAAAACAAUAUUUAGAAGCUAUUGUUAAACAUGUUUAUGAAAAUCUUAAAAUGUGUCAACAUUCACCUAGUGUUCAAAUGGUGCAGGUACCUCCCGAUGUGGUGGACAUGGAGGAAUUGCGUAAUAUUAAAGAGGAAAAAGAUGAUCCAGACGUAAGAAAUUCACAAGCCGAAGAGGAUAAAAUUGUGGAACCAAAAAAUGAAUUUUAUGAUGGUGAACAGGAUCAGGAUAAGGAAGACAGUACAACAGUUAGUUAAGGGAUGGGACAAAUUGUCAUAUAUAAUUGUGUGUGUGCUUAUUAUGUUAAGAGACAGUUGAACUGUAUUUAUGUUAUUUGUAAUGUAAUUGCUAAGAAUAAUUAAUAUAAUUAAACAUUAAUUGUAGUUUUAAAAGUGA